GGAGGAGGGGAGGGAGGCAGGGAGAAAUGGAAAGAUGGUCCAAAGAAAACAUAGAAUCAAGUUUAUCAUCUGACAGUGUUAGUGAUUCCCACUCCCCAGUUUCAAAGGGAAUCCCAGCCAGGUAUGGGUCUUCCAUGAAUUUAAUGGAGGAGAAGAAGAAGAAGCUCCAGAGCAAGAAGAAGAAGAAAGUAUUCGUUGAAGGGUAUGCUAAGAGAGGAGCCGCGGCAUCAGUAGUUGAAGAAGAUGAUGAGCUUGGGAGGUCAAAGAGCUUGACUGAUGAUGAUCUGGAGGAGCUUAAGGGCUGUUUGGAUCUCGGGUUUGGCUUCAACUAUGAGGAAAUACCAGAGCUCUGCAACACUCUGCCUGCCCUUGAGCUCUGCUAUUCCAUGACCCAGAAGUACCUUCUCCAGGAUGACCACCACCAUAGCGCCGCCGCCGCCGCCGCCGCACAUCCUGCCUCCCCUUCCUCCUCCGCUACCAGCCCUAUUGCCAAUUGGAAGAUUUCUAGCCCCGGUGAUGAUCCAGAGGAGGUGAAAGCGAGGCUUAAAUAUUGGGCGCAAGCAACUGUUUGCACUGUCAAAUUAUGUAGCACUCAGAAGAGAAAUCAGUGUUGAAUUAAAGUAUGUGAUUUAGUGGUUUUGUAUUAUUGUAUAAAUAUAUAUACACAAAUACGUGUAAUUUCGAGUGUUGAACCUUGUCUCUUUCAAAACCUCAUCCCCCAAAUAUUGUAUUUUGCAUUACCGUAUUUUUGCUUAGGAAGUAUAUAAAUUAUUAUACUGUGUCUCAAUAUUUUGUGUGCUGUACUUUUUAAAUAAAUAAAUGAUGAAUUGAAAUCCUAUUAUCACA